AGGAGUCACGUGAAACUGGUUCUGGUCAUGUGAUCAUGUAAGCUGAAGAUGGCAGCUACGGGGGAGGAGGCCGCAGUGAUGGACAACAUCUGCACAACACCCGCUCCUCCGACCGACCUCAAGCUCACAGCCGAGCCCGAGCACCGGAGACACGAGCCCGCAAACGAUGCGACAGAGAACCCAAAAGCCAAAAGACCCAGUAAUAACAAUGACGGAGGAGUGGAGACGGCAGAGGAGGCCACUGAACCCGCUCAACCUGAUAUCAAUGAGCUCUGCAGAGACAUGUUUGACAAAAUGGCAGUUUUCUUACAGGGAGAGCUCACCGCAACCUGUGAGGACUACAAGCUUCUAGAGAGCAUGAACAAACUCACCAGUCUGAAGUACAUGGAAAUGAAGGACAUAUCCAUCAACAUCAGCCGCAAUCUACAAGAUCUCAAUCAGAAAUAUGCCAGUUUGCAGCCUUAUCUGGAUCAGAUUAACCAGAUCGAAGAGCAGGUUACGGCUUUGGAACAGGCUGCUUAUAAACUAGACACAUAUUCUAAGAAACUAGAGGCCAAGUUUAAGAAACUGGAGAAACGGUGAAAGUGACCAGGAACUCCUUCAAAGUAGUCAUCGUCAAAAUAUAUCUGGAAAUCUCAGAGUUUGUGUUUGUUGUAUGCACCAAACAAUCUUCAGACCGAUAUCACACACACUAUGGCAGUAUCAUAGUCUCUCUAGGUUAUGGAUUGUGCCUUAAGUAACCUAAGGUAGAUAAUAAUGAAUGCUCAAUUAUUGACCCCUACACGCUGCACAGGGCAGGAGCGUGUCAUGCUUGCAGACCAACUCCUGAAUUCAAAAUACACAUUUAAGAUUCAAAAAGGCAUGAAUAUAGAUAAAGCUGUACACUGUAUUUAAAAUGGCUUGUUACAGUAUAUGUUGUUAAAGAUGAUUUACCCACUAUUUUGUAUGUUUUUGCAG